AUGGCUUCGAGCUCUGCAUCUGCAGACGCCGGGCGGGGAGCCAAGCGGAAGCCCGGCGCUCCAGCGAACAAUGCCCGCACCAAUGCCGCCAACACCCAGAGCCGCUCCAAACUCGUCCACAUCGCCCGCGCGAUUCCCACACAGCCUGCCGAUGCCGCACUCAAAGAUGGCGAGCUAGACCUCCAAGCCUUCUUGGCUGCACACGAGUUCGAGAUCCGCUCACUCGAGCAGAGCAUGGCCACCUCCAAGGCCGUGAGCAGCAGCCGCGCCUUCCAGAAGGUGCCCCGCGGUCUGCGCCGUCGCACUGCGAGCCACAACCCCAAGCGCGUGCCCCGUCGACUAAGAGCACGCGCGCGAAGAGAGAUGGCGGAAGACAAUACGCCAAUGGUGGACGCGAGGAAAAAGAAACGGAACCCCAGGACGACAAGAGGCCGGAUACGAGUCGAAACCGCCAAGCGGUUGGGCGUAUUGGCAGCAAGAAAACGCAGGGCGAGGGAGAUGAAGCCUCAAGAAAUGGAGGUGGAUGGAAAGGAUACAAAGGCCCUGGCCGUGACGGGACGAAAGCCGAGACCCAAGAUCCGAAGAAACCAACUCAACGAGCCGCCCACCCCGAAAGCCAGGUUUCGAAAGCGACAACUCAACAAGACGUGGCUGCCAACCCAUCCAUGGCACGCCAAGCGAUCACGGAUGACAGGUCCCCUCGAUCCCCUCUGGCGUUUCGCCAUACCAUUGACACCCAACGAGAAGCUCUAUCGACCGACUCAUCGAGCCCAAGGCGACAGGGGCACACUCGUGUGGGACACGUCCUACAUGAGCACCAUUGGCCUGUACGGAAGCCAUACCGGAAUAGAGACCGUCCUCAAGAAGAUUGGGGUAUCGCAAGACUCUUGCUGGAAUGCAAAGGGUCGGAAAUGGAGGAUAGGAACCAGGUCAUGGACAGGUCUCGUGAGUCGGCACAUGGAUGGAGAACAACGACUUAUCGGUCCAUCUACCAUUCAGUGGAAUCCCCAGCAAUCUGCCGGAAACGCAACCGAGGAUCCCAAAAAAGCACAGCGGCAAGUUUUCUUGCGAGUUCAUCCGGCGGCCUUCCUCGAGCUCUUCAAUGAGUUGCUUAGGUUAUCGAAGAUUGAGAGCCCACAACUCUAUAUCGAGGACCUCCGCUUCGAGAUUGGCAGCAUAGAACUCACUGGUCCGGCCUCCACCGAGGCUCUUUUGGCCGUCUUGAACCCUUACCCGGAAAAGGACAAAACUAAGAGUCAACAUGCCGAACUAUUCCGGUCCCUAGCAGGACUGACAAACCCAGCUUCACUUCCUGCGGGGGCUAUCCUCAGUUUCUCAGUGCAGGACCCUCGACUACGGUACCCACCGAGACAGGUUGUGGCCUCUGAUGAGCCAGAGACACAAUUGGAGCUUCUAGAAAAAAUCGCUACCUGGCCAUCAGAAGACAAUCUCGAGCCGUUUCCCAUAUUCAGUCGAGAUGCACGACACACAGCAUCAUGUCUCCCGUCUCAAAAGUCUAUCAACAGGCGGAAAGCAGACAAAACUGAGAACGCUCCUGGAGUUCCCCUAAAGCCCACUGCGGCGGAUCAUCCAAUCCCCAUCACUCUCAUUGCUUCGCGCACUAGUUCAAGUACACAGGCUCAAGGAACAUGGACUCUCCUUGCGCCAUGGAAGUGCAUCCUACCCAUUUGGUACAGCAUUGUCCACGUCCCUCUUUCGUCAGGGGGAAAUCCCAGAUUCGCGGGUCUGAACCAAACCCGCCAGGUGGCUUUUGAGCGUGGCCUGCCCUGGUUCCCUGGUGACUUCUUGGGGACGGAUGCCGGGGCGCAGUGGGAACUUGACGAGAGACAGAAACGCCAGAAGUUGUGGGAUAGGCGCCCAAAGAGCAAACGGGUCGAAUGGACAUCACUCGAUCUGGGAGCCGGAAGGAAGGGCGAGGUAGGCAGUGGCAUUGCGAGCGACUUUGAGUUCUUGUUUGAGCUCGCCAAUUCAGUCCCAGCAACACAGCCAGAGUCAACAGAGGGAGACGCCGAAGCAAUGGAUAUCGAUGAAAUCGAUGCACAGGAGCCACCAUCCCUCCAACGCCUCAACCAAAUUUCCAAAGACUUGUUCAAUAAAUUCAUCACAUCAGCCACUCCGCCAUCUCCACCACCUACAAACGCCAUCGUCACUGUCCGAAUCUCCGUCCUUGGUCGCGGCGUCGUCACUUCCUGCGCCCGCAUCUACCGCCUGCCCUCAUCUCCUACCGCUGUCCCGCCGUCCUCCGAGGCAGAAGUCCCAGCAACUAUCCCGCCUGAAGCCUCACCAAAAUCAUCGUCUCUGCCACAUGAUCUCCGCGCGCAGUGGCUCGCGCGCGUUUCCCCAUCCACCUCUGGGAAGGACAGGUCCUCUCGGACACACAAAGCCCGCGACCUAGAGUCCUUGAAGCGCCAGCUUGCCCUAGAGCUCAUCGCAAAGCCCAGCCCUUACCCUCCGCUGCCAGCCAACCAAUAUGACGUUGGCGGUCAUCCUCUUGUUCCUGACACAGAAGACCUCAUCGGCUUUGUGACUACGGGUUCAUUCUGCCUCAGUGAAGGCCGUGGCGUUGCUAUCGGCUCAAUCGCCCUCGAAAAGAUCAUCGCCGACGUGAGGAAAGACCCGAAGGAAGGUCGGUUCUGCGUCGUGCGCAAUGCAGGAGAGAAUGUGGGCUGGAUCGCAAAGUGGGAAGUUGUAUAA